AUGACGCCACCGGAUACCCUGGUUGUCGCCACCGUGCACGUGGCGCCAGGGCAACCGCACCGCACGCCGCCUGUGGUGUCGCCCAUUACGCCGCCAUGGUGCCUCAUGGCACCACGCACGCCGCCUGGUGUCACCACGACUGCGUCAUACAUUUCACGCACGCCGCCUGUGCCAUCAUGGCGCCACGCACGCCACCUGGUGCCACGUAACGCCGCACACACGCCUGGUGCCAUGCCACGCCGCUGGUGUCACGCCACGGUGCUCGCCAUGACGCCGCCGCCUGGUGUCGCCACCGUACGCCGCCAGGUGCCAUCAGGGCGCCGCACGCGAUAUUGCCACGACUGCACUGCCUCAGUGUCACUACGCCAGGUGCCACCAGCGCCACGCCGCCUGGUGUCGCCGCAUUUCGCACCGCAAAGUGCCCAUCGCGGCGCCGCACGGCACCUGGUGUCGCCGCAUUUACACGCCGCCAGGUGCCCACAUGCGCCGCCGCCUGUGGUGUCACCGCAUUUCACGCCGCCAGGUUCCCAUCAUGGCGCCACGCACGCCGCCUGGUGUCCGCACAUUUCUGCACCUGGUGCCCAUCAUGGCCACACCUGGUGUCGCCUCCACACACCGCCAAGUGCCUCAGAGCGCCACCGCACGCCACCCUGGUCAAUCGCCACAUUUCACGCACCAGCGCGCACGCCACCUGGUGGCCACCCUGCCAUUAGUGUCACCAUGUAG